AUGCAGAGCUGCAGCAGCAUUUCAGAAGCAAGAUGGUUGGCAGUAACCCUAACAAUAACGACACUCUCCGCCAUUACCAUCUCCGCAUACAUAUUCAAGCGUAAAUUCAACGCUCUCAAAUCCAAAGUUCACGAACUCGAAUCUUCUCUCAAAUCUUCCUCCGAUCAAUGCACCUCCGAACGCCGAGGCCGAAUUAAGGCUCAACAGUUGCUGAGAAAAGAAUUAACUCGACCUAAAUCUGAAAACCUAAACCUCACUUAUUAUCCUAUGAUCCCCAUUGGCACCAUCCAAUCUUGUUUCUCUACCAGGAAUGGGACACCGAGACAGCCAUUACUUGUACCACUUGCUAGAGCAUGUUUGGUUUUCAAUACAAGCCGUGUUCCUCCAGCGUCUCUUGAGGGUCUAUCCGAAUAUUCUCAUUGCUGGAUUAUAUAUGUGUUUCAUUUGAAUACCAAUCUUGAAAAGAUGUGGAAGCAUCCAUCUAAAUCGGGAAUCAAGGCUAAGGUGAAGGUCCCUAGACUUAAUGGUGGAAGAGUGGGAGUGUUUGGCACGAGAUCCCCACAUCGUCCAUGCCCCAUUGGACUCACUGUUGCAAAGGUAGAGGCUGUCCAGGGAGAUAUGGUGUUACUUUCUGGUGUGGAUCUGGUUGAUGGAACUCCGGUGCUUGAUGUCAAGCCUUAUAUACCAUUUUGUGACAGCAUCCAAGACGCUGCGGUGCCAAAUUGGAUUACGGGGGAUAACUUGCUUUCAGUAGCUUCUGUUAGCUUUUCGGAGGAAUUCACUUCAUCACUUGAAAAUUGCUGGAUAAUGGCAGAAAAGAAGUCGCUCUAUGCAUCACCAGAUGAAUUCCAAAGCUUACUAAAGCAGGUUCUAUCAUGGGAUAUCCGAUCAUUGAGUCAGCGAAAUAGGCCUCAUAAUGCUAUUCCGAAGCAAGAAAAGGAUCAACUCUCAGGUGAUACUUCUGAUGUAGAUGAGCACCAAGAUGAAACAGCUAUUGUCCAUGAAAGAGAGCAGAAUUCUCUAAAUUCAUCCGAAGUUGUUUAUCACCUCUUUUUAGAGGGACUCAAUGUCCACUAUAGAAUUACUGACGAUGGUAAUGUCAUUGUUGAAAAGGUAUCAACCUCUACUGUCUUUGACAAAAAGAUUAAUCCUUGCAAUUACUUGACAUGGAAAGACAGGAUGCAGUGA